AUGAUACGACAAGACGCCCAUCGGAUCGAUCCAAAACGACGAGCUGUUAUUGACCCCAAGAAAAGGCAAUUUGCUACUCCAACAUACAAGCAUCAGGACUAUGCCCACCGUCUGAACAUCUACGAAACACCUCCUACCGCGGAGAUCACCCUCGAACAGUUUGAGCAAUGGGCAAUUGACAGACUUAAGAUUCUGGCCGAGAUCGAAGCAUGCUCUUAUCGAAAUAAAACCCCCGCCGAGACCGCGACCUACAUCACACCUCUUCUCCAAAAGUUCCUUCCUCUUUCCUCCAACACCUCCUCGUCACAGGGCGCGGCAGACCCUCGUCUUCAGAAUGAGCGUCAAAAGGACCACUACUCGCAUUUCAUCCUCCGGCUGGCCUUCUCGGCCACCGAGGACCUUCGUCGACGAUUUGCUCGCGCGGAGACCAUGCUGUUCAAGUUUCGUUUCCAGCAAGAUGAUUCGAGGGAAAAGCGGGCAUUCAUUGAUAGCUUGAAUCUCGAUUGGGAACCUGUCGGUGACUUCGAGAAGACAGAGAUUGCAGAGAGUUUGAUUAGCUCUACGCCAGGACUGCGACGAUUAGACGAUGAGACUUGGUACAAAGUUGACUGGGAGAAGGUCCCUGAGCUGAUCGAACGACGCUCGGUGUUCCUGAAGAAAGGAAAGGCUUACGUUCCCGGUCGGGAGCAGCUAAGCAUGAUUAUGGCCGAGUUCACGGCUCGUUUGGAGCGCGCACUCGAGCUCACAAGCCGUGCCCUCCCCCGGCUGGAUGAGGAUGAUCGUUUGACACCCAUUUUGAAUCAUCUUUCGAAGAAUUUCGGCAGCGCCGAGUCUGUAUACUCGGAAAGCGAAGGAUAUGUGGACGGAACUCCGAUCACGGCCAGCUCUAUCGACCAACUGGCCCAGCAACAUUUCCCGCUGUGCAUGAAGAGCUUGCACGUGAACCUGCGCAAGAACAACCAUUUGAAGCAUUUCGGUCGACUACAGUACACUCUCUUCUUGAAGGGCAUUGGCUUGUCCUUGGAAGAAUGUAUUCUGUUCUGGCGUCAGGCGUUCAAGGGCAAAACCGACGACGAAUUCAACUCUCAAUACAAGUACAACAUUCGUCACGCCUAUGGUGAUGUCGGUGGAGAUGCGAACCGCCGUGGAAAGGGUUAUACUCCCUAUUCAUGCCAGAAGAUCCUUGGCGAUUCAAAUCCUGGCAUUGGCCAGACUCACGGCUGUCCUUACCGCCAUUACUCGGUGGAUAACCUGGUGGGCUUCCUUCAAGCCACUGGUGUUAAUGACAAAGAGGUCCUGCGCGGUGUGCGCGAGGACGUUGGCAAGAUGCGGUACCAUAUUGCAUGCAACCGAGUGUUUGAGGCAACGCACAAGAACGAGAUCAAGAGGGUCAAGGAUGAUGGAACAUGGAGUCAGACUGACCUUGACACAAUCGUUCAUCCGAAUACCUACUUCAAGCGCAGCUUCCUCUUGAAACAGAUGGCCAAUCCUCCAAAGGAUGCCUGA